GACAGCUACAGCCAGCACAUCUCUCAUGUGGAGUAUGCCAUUGACCAGAUGGAGCUGUUCCACCAUCCUCCAGAAGCCCUGAAGCUCACUAAGGUCACCAAUCUGGAGUGCAGCAAUGUGGAGAAGACAGUGACACUGGAGAAGACCAAUACAGUGGAGAAGAAAUGGGACAUCGGCAGGGAGACCCGCAAUGGCUCUGUGUCCACCAUGACAGCCAAAGUUCCUAUCUUUGGUCCGGGUAAUGUGGAGUUGUCCAAGGAGCAGACGGUGACCUUCUCAAAGGGGACCACCAUUGUGGAGUCAAUCAGUCACGCUGUCUCUGUGGAGCUGCUGGUCCCACCCAAUCACUCCUGCACCGUGAGGAUGGAUGGCAGAAAGAUGAAGGCUGACAUCCCUUUCACCGGCCGGCUGAGCAGGACCAACCACAACGGAGACACCCACUGGACCUACAUCACGGGCACCUAUGACGGUGUGAGUGUUGGCGAAAUCAACGCUGUGGUGGAACGGUGUCAGCCGGUGCCUGAAGCUGUCCCCUGCUCCCCAGAUCAAAACUGAUGAUGAGUCUGCUAAUGCUAUGUUUUUCA